AUGAAAAACCUCCGGCGGUGGACGAAGGGCACAAAAACUUCACUGAAGUUUGGGAUUCUGAUGGUUUGGAGGGAGCCGCGAGACCAUGCAUCGGAUUGUUACUUCUGCGCCAUCAAUACUACUGGCAUCAACCGGAAGACUCGGCACAGCCUCCAGUACCCCGACCUUCCAUCUGUACCAGCGUUCACAGAGCUUCCCGACAGCGACGGCGUGGCCACCAGUGCAGACGAGGGAGGAUAUGCAGAAGAGGAGUAUAAGGAACAAGAUGGUCCGCAGCCCUUUUCACAAUGUGAGCUUAAUGAUCUGGUUCGGGAUCUCAGUUGUCAAAGACUUCCUCCGAGCUGUUGGCCUCCAGACUCAAAGAGAAAAAUCUACUUGGCGAGGACGCGCGUAUCACUUUCUUUCGUAGAAGGCAUGAGGACUACAUGGGCUACUUCUGCCAGGAGGAAGACCUCGUGUACUGCCGAGAUGUCGCCGGUAUUCUUGGUAAACUCGGCGCUCCUCAAUACGAUCCGAGAGAUUGGCGACUCUUCAUUGACAGCAACAAGCGCUCUUUGA